GGAGGAAGAGGAGGAAGAGGAGCGGAGGGACCCGACAAGCGUCGGGCGGAGGAACUGGCGAACCGACUGUGUGCGUCUACCUGCCACCGGUGAACCUCUAUUCCCAGCAGGUGGACACCAUGAACUAUGUGGGGCAGCUGGCAGGCCAGGUACUGGUGACGGUGAAGGAGCUGUACAAAGGCAUCAAUCAGGCCACCCUGUCCGGCUGCAUUGACGUGAUCGUGGUCCGACAGCCCGACGGGACGUUCCAGUGCUCUCCUUUCCACGUUCGCUUCGGAAAACUAGGAGUACUGCGCUCCAGGGAGAAAGUGAUUGACAUAGAGAUCAAUGGAGAACCUGUGGAGCUGCACAUGAAGCUCGGAGACAAUGGAGAGGCCUUUUUCGUGCAGGAGGCAGAGCAGAGCAGCGAGGUAAUUCCCGCCCACUUGGUGACGUCGCCCAUCCCCACGGAGGAGGUUCUGAUCAGGAACAAAGAAGCCAGAUGUGUGGGGUCAGCAGAAGCCUGUCAGCCCCUUGUUCCAGAGCCGGACUCUGCACACCAUCAACUUUGCUCAAGCUCCUCUGGCAGGAAGAAGAGGCGACGCAGGAGGAAGCACAAAUCCGAGCCACGCAAGGAGGAGCAGACAUGCGCAUUAGGGGAGCAGGAGCUGUGUGAGUGCAGCUCAGAUGAGGAGCAGCAUGCAAACGGUGGAAGAACAUCAUCCCUGUCAAUGAUGAAGGACACCGUGGACCAUAGGCAGCACUCGCCUCUCACCGCCCUGGAGUGGGACAGCUACCCUUUCUCUGAUGGCGACUGGUCUCCCUGCCCCUUGAAUCUGUGCGAGCCCUCGUCUCCCAAAAGUGACUCCGAGCUGAUGGUGAAGCCGGCAGACAGCAUGUUCAGGUCCGAUUCCCACAUGCAGUGGAGCUGGGGGGAGCUCCCUGAGUCAACAAGGGUCAACAAAAAGUCUGAGACAAAGACGCUGAGCAUCACCCCGUCGGAAAGCACACAUUUCAGGGUUAUUCUGAGCUCAGAGGCCAUGGAGGAAGAGCCGAUCAUGAAGCAGAGCUCCACAGAGUCCGUUUGUACCAUUGUGAAGCCCGAACCUCGGCUUGUUAAACCUCGUCAGUGCAGCUGCAGUCCACAGCCCCCAGAAUCACAUGGUGCGAACAAUACCGGACCUAAGCAGGGCUUUUCAGACAUAAAGUCGAGCCGCUUUUCCUCUGAGUCGAGUCCCGCCAGCGCUGAGUCCAGCUCAAAAAACGUACGGAAGCCCAAGUGGACGUCUUCACCUCCCAGCCGCAGGAACAGCGGCUCUGCUCCCGGCACAGGAAGCGCAGAAGCUGGAGACCCUCUGGCUGUUAGUCCUGAUGCUAAAGCCUCAUCUAAGACCACAGACUCGCCUGUCAAAAGGAAAGUUGUGAGGAAGAGGAGCCAGCACCAAGGGCCUGAAGAUAUUUACCUCGAAGACCUGAGUGCUCUCGAGCCUGACGUUGCAGCUCGGUACUUCCCAAAAAGUGAGACUGAGCAAGAACCGAAGCACUGGGUGGAGACGGGGCAGCGCUCUGGAUCCCAGUCCCCUCAGUCAGUGGGGAGCGCAGCAGCAGACAGCGGGACUGAGUGUCUGUCCGACUCUCCCAGCGACCUGCCGGACGUCACGCUGUCUCUGUGUGGAGGCGUGGCCGAGAACGCAGAGAUCCCAAAAGAAAAAUUCAUGGAGCACAUGAUCACCUACAAUGACUUUGCAGAAAACCCAGCUAUCAUCGACAAUCCAAAUUUGGUGGUCAGGAUUGGUAACCGAUAUUACAACUGGACUCUGGCAGCGCCUUUGAUUCUUAGCAUGCAAGCCUUCCAGAAGAAUCUGCCGAAGGCCACAGAAGAAGCCUGGGUGAAGGAGAAGAUGCCCAAAAAGUCCGGCCGCUGGUGGUUCUGGAGGAAAAGCAGCACAAAGCAGUUAUCAAUUGAGAGCAAGCUGGAGAGACAGGAGUCUGCGAGCAGAGAGAGCCCUGCCCUCCACCAGGCCCCAGAAACCCAGCAGAAAGCUUCAGAGUGGUCCAGUGACGAAGAGACCAAGGAGCUGAACGGAGGAGCGCCUGGUCUCAAACCCAGUGAGCGCGUGCAGACAGAAGCCACGGCCCCGUGUCACUCCUACAGGAAAUCCCUCCGCCUGUCGUCUGAUCAGAUCGCCAGCCUGAAGCUGAGAGACGGACCAAAUGACGUCACGUUCAGCAUAACCACUCAGUACCAGGGAACGUGCCGCUGCGAGGGCACCAUCUACCUGUGGAACUGGGACGACAAGGUCAUCAUCUCCGACAUCGACGGCACCAUCACCAAAUCGGAUGUUUUCGGUCAGAUUCUGCCUCAGCUCGGCAAAGACUGGACUCACCGGGGAAUCGCGAAGCUUUAUAACUCGGUGCAUGAGAACGGCUACAAGUUCCUGUACUGCUCGGCCCGGGCCAUCGGCAUGGCGGACAUGACCCGGGGGUAUCUGCACUGGGUGAACGACAGCGGCACUCUUCUUCCUCAGGGACCGCUCAUGCUUUCACCAAGCAGCCUCUUCUCUGCCUUCCACAGAGAGGUCAUCGAGAAAAAGCCAGAGAAGUUCAAGAUCGAAUGCCUCGCGGACAUCAAGAACCUGUUCCACCUAAACGCUCAGCCUUUCUAUGCUGCCUUUGGGAACAGGGAAAACGAUGUUUUUGCCUACAAACAAGUGGGUGUGCCUGCGUGUCGGAUAUUCACAGUCAAUCCUAAGGGGGAGUUGAUCCUUGAGCAAUCCAAAGGCAAUAAAACAUCCUACAGCAGGCUGAGUGAGCUGGUGGAGCACGUUUUCCCGCUGCGGAGCACUCAGCACUGCGCCACCUUCAGCUGUCCGGACUUCAGCUCCUUCUGUUACUGGAGGCAGCCCAUCACAGAGGUGUGCUUCGAGGAGCUGCUGUAACUUCAGAGAUGCACUUUUUAAAUUUCUAAAUUUACAGGCUGCUAAAGUAGCAUUUGUAGCAUGUGGAUGGGUAAAUAUCAGGGAUAUGUUCAUGUAUUCCUCAGUACUUCAAGCAUACGGUAGUGUCUGCAUUCUGUUGUAUUUAAUGCUUAAACUACACAGAACAUAUUUGCACCUAUAAAUCCCAACUUGAAAUGCAAUACUCUCAAGCUUUUACACCUUAACAUAAAAUGCAAAAUGGUUAAAGCUUUGUGCAACUGUAGCAGACCGUAAAAAGGUUCAUAAAUGUUAACAUUUGAUCACAGGUAGGAAUCAUAAAUCUUCAUGUAAGAUUCAAUCUUAAAACCUUCGACUGACUGGAUAGUGCCCAAUAAAACUAGACAAUCAGAAUAGAGACAAUUUUGUUGCAUUUGUAGUCUUCAGGAAAUGAGAGUUGUCUAUCUUUUACUGUCUAUUGAGGCUACACAGAUGGACAGAUGGCGCAGUAUUUACCAGUUUUAUCCAAAGCUGUUUGUAUUCAACAUAAAAAUAUCAUCUCGUUGUCUUAAAAGUUACAAUUUCUCCACAACUAGCUACACUGAAAUAUUCUAGCAGAGUUUUUGUGAAGAAAGUGUUCUGUUUAAUUUUGUGUAGUCAGAUUUUUUGCUUUCCACAACAGACAGUUGAACCCAGAAACCUCGUACCGUCGAUCCUUUAACAGCAACCGAUCAAUAUUUUAUAUGGUUGGCAGACUUGAUUGGUUGCUGUCCAUUAAGUUUGAGUUGUAAAGAUUGUGCUAAUAUCGGCUCUCGUAAGGCUCAUACAGAGGGUAGCCAAGUUUUACACCCAAAUGUCUGCUUUCUAGCUGUGACCAGAGGUUCACAUACUGCAAAAAAAAAAAAAAAUUCUACAAUUGCACAAAAAAUACUCAUGCAAGCACAAAAUAUUUAGCCCAAAUUUGUGCACAAACGUUUUUUUUUUUUCUAAUUGACAACCGUUUUCUUGCAGUUCUGAUAAGAGGUGGAUCCCUAAUCACUUCUGUAGGGAUUUAAUGGAGUCAGUAUAUAGCGUUCCCUUUAUGGCCUUACAUUUCAUUUAGUUUGAACAGCUUUGGAGAAAGAAAACAGGUUGUGAUUUGCUGCUUGAAACUGCAUUAAUGUGGCUCAGUCCAGACAAAUGAAUGUAGAUCCUGCUGCUACUUGAUAAUAUUUUCUGUAAAUCUAUAGUUAAAUUCAGGGUUCACUGUUCAUUUGUUAAUGAAUGUUGACUUUUUGCCAGAUGCUCCUGCAGGAUUUUCUUUGUGUUAUUAGUAGAAACUGUCUAAAAUG